AUGAGCGGCAAGCGUAUCCAAGACUUUUUCCAAAAGCUCCACCGUAAACUAGAGAUGGACUGUGAUGAUGUUGAUUUACCUGAAGACGACUGCAAACCAGAAAAGGAAAGAUUAAAUACCUCCCAAGAAAAGAACCUUCAGAACAGAAAGCAAACUUUAGCAAAUCCCUUUUUAAAGGAUUUCUUCCAGCAACUACGCACAAAUCAUAAGUCAAAGCGACAUUGGUUCAAAUCCGAUUAA